GAAUUAGAACGUUUUCAGAGAUUUGUGAAUAAACAUCCCCCUUUUGAUGUUGUGAUUGAUGGCCUCAAUGUUGCCAAGACAGCCCCCCUGAGUCCUUCAUCUAAAACUCUGCUGGAUGUGGUCGUUCACCUAGCACAGAAACAUCAGCGAUUGCUUAUCCUGGGGCGUAAACACAUGCUGAAAGAUUCGUUACAGUGGAGAAAAAGAGAUAUGGAUGAAAUGCAGAAAAAAGCAGACUUCUUCUUUACUAGUAACAUGUCUAAAGAUGAUCCAUUUCUGCUCUAUGCCACUCUUCACUCAGGUGGUCACUGUAUGAUGGUAACUAGAGAUCUAUUACGGGAUCACAAGGCUGCUCUUACUGAUACUGUUACUCGUCGCUUAUUUUUUAAAUGGCAACGUGGACAUCAGAUAGUAGUAUCAAGUUACAAACCGGGAAAGAUUUUAACAUUUGAGGAUGCUUUGCCAUAUGAUACAAUUGUGCAGACUGAUGGUAACACAUGGCACAUUCCCUAUGAUGACAGCUUGUCCAAGAGAGCUUCUUUUGAGAUUCCAGUGAAUUGGCUCUGUCUUCAGAAGAAAUAAAGGAUUUUUUUGUUGUUGUUCAAAGAGAAGAUGUAUGGCAUGGCACCUUUAUUUCAGAUACAUUUCAAAUAACCUAGUUAAAAUGUAUCCAUUAGAUCUACAACAGACCUGGACUUAAAUGAAUCCCUAAGUUAUGUCAAGCAAUAUUUAAUUCCACAAACAUUGGAAAUUAUGACACAACUGCUCUUUAUAGACUGAUAAAUAUAAUUGUGAUUUAAAGCAAUUGUUUCUGUGUUGACUUAUGAGUUGUAUGUUCUUAUUUCCCUGCUUUUCACCAGUAACUAUGUAUUCUUCCUGUGAUCCUCCUUUCCAGAAAUCUCCAGAUGAGUACUUGUCAGUACCAUAUUGUGCAACUUAUGAGAAAGAAUUAUCUGUUCACUUUGCAAUUUUACUGUUCAUGUGCUCCCGAGUUCUCAGUUUGGUGGGUUUGUGGUAAACUUUGCCGACAUGACUAGAAAAUCAGGGAGGGAGGGGCACUAAAAAUUGGAAGAGAGACUGAGAAACAGCCAGUUAUAUGUUAAGCAUGCUUAUGGAAUUUCCAGAUUCUACAGCUUCAAGAAUGGAGGUACCAUGAACAAAAAUAUAGAUACAAACUUACUACAAUUUAAGUGCCUCUUGAGUUCACAUUUGAAAGGAGACUAAUUCAGAACUUGUACCCCAGAAUCUGGAGGUAUCAAUAGGUUUUCCCCUCCCUUCCCAGUUAUGGAUAUAUUAUCCUCUGUAAUAUUGAUAUUUUGAUUAUGCAUCAUCUUUCAAAUUCCUUCCAGCUAGUUAGCAUACAUAGCAAGUAUUAAACAGAAUCAGUAAAGGAAUAAAUGAGGUAUAUUUAGAAUAAAAUAAGAAAUUUCAGUAUAGUACUGAUUUCAACACUGAUGUAAUUCUAUAUAGAAUUGCAGCUUGUUUUAUUUUUAAGCAAAUAUCGAUAUAUUCUUAUGUAGCUGCUCUUUAUAUGUAUUACUGCAAUUAUUUGUAUUUUUGCACAAUGUGUUAAGUGGCUUUUCAGAAUGUGA